AUGUUCAGCGAUAUCAGAAGCUGGGUGCAGCAUAUGCAAUACGCACAUGCGCGACAGUGGUGCUACAGCUCGCCUGGUCAUCCUCGUCAGAUCUUUGAGACUAAGGCCGACUACGAGUCUCACAUGCGAGCCGUCCACCCCAGCGCUGCCUCGGACAAGCAUCUGCAAUUGCUGGAAAAGCGUGCACAAGUGCCUGGAGUUGCUAUUACCAAAUGUCCAUUUUGCGCGUAUCAGCCGAAGGAGGAAUUGAAGCCGGGCGAGCAGUCACACCAGCUUGUCGGACAUGUUGCGAGUCAUCUACGAUCUAUCGCCUUGAUCUCGUUACCCGAGGAUGGUAACGACCAUGAAGAAGCUGCUUCGGCUUCUGACAAGGCCAACGAGAGCAGUGAAGGUCAUGCUCAUCUUGUGCGGGAUGAUCUCUCUGCGCUUCCCGACUACUCAGACAAGGUUGACGAGAGCAGUGAAGGUCCUGCUCGAGGUUCAAGGGAUGAAAUGUCGUCGAUGUCGAGCUUUUCUGGGGACGUAGACGAAGUGCGUGAGAAGUUUACGGAAGCUCUAGAAUUGGAGCGUUCGUCGGUAUCUGCCCCAAGAUCUGGCGACAUGGACAUGUCAGAAUGGGGCUUCAUGGAGACUGUGUUCGAGUAUGCCGGCCAUGAUCGGGAUCCAGUACUCCAGGGUUUCCUGCGGAAGCUAUACCUCGAGUCUUCACAGACCGUAAAGUCUACCGGAGGUCCCAAACUACCAUUCGCUUCCAUUCCGUUCGCGCGCAACUUACGAUUCUUUGGCCGUUCAUAUGCGCUUGGGAAGAUAGACGAGGCUCUCUUGACAUCGCCCACUGCCUCAGCGAUAAAGCUAUCUGAAGUCGCUACCAACCUCAGAACCUUUGUAGUAUAUGGUCCUGGAGGCAUGGGUAAGACACAGGUGGCUGCCGAAUUUGUCCAUAGUCAUCACGAUGACUUUGAUGCCAUACUUUGGGCGCAUGCAGACGAUGCAGCAAAGCUUUCUCAGGACUUCAAUACCAUUGCUUGUCAAAUGGGACUUGUUGCCGAAGACUCGGCAGACGCAAGAGACUUCAGUCAUACGAGGGAGUUGGUCAAACGUUGGCUUGUCGAUCCUCGCAAGGACGUCAACGAUCCUGAGUCGGAUCGAGCUUCGUGGCUUCUGGUCUUCGAUGCGGUGGAAGAUUCGAGUAUGCUGAAUGCCUUCUGGCCAUAUGACGGGCCCGGGUCGAUCCUGAUCACCAGUCGAAGCACCUUCGGGUGGAGUAAUAGUCUACAGCUUGUGCCGUUCUCGGUUGAAGAGGCAUCGAGAUACCUUCUGGACGUCACAGAAAGAGAUGAGGCUCAGGAAAACCACUCUGAGAUAGUGAACGUCAGUCGAAAAUUGGGCGGCCUUCCGCUUGCGCUGACACAGAUGGCUGGUAUCAUGACAAAGAGCGACAUGUCGUUCGCGGACUUCGCCCGCGCCUACAACGAGCGAGAACUUCGCCACCAGUUGCUAGAGACAGCGCCAUCGCCUGAGCUUCAGGCACCGCAGUACGAGCACAGUGUUGCGUCUGUGUUCGCGCUCGAGAACAUUCGUCACGGUGCAGCUUUACUCAAUGCUUGCUCUAUGCUUGAUCCGGAUGGAAUUAGCGAGCGUAUCUUCACAGAGACACUCGCGAAAGUGCACCUGCCAGGCCUGCCAUCGACGUUAUCUGAGUACCAUCAAGCGAAGAACGAGCUCCUCGGCUCCUCAAUAUUGACCACGGAGAAAGGGAGCGGAAAGCUGUUCGUUCAUCGCCUAGUCCAGGAUGUUGCUCGUACGAGACUUAGCCCUGCUGCAUUGCGUGAGACAUUCACGGCUUGUGUCCAACUGAUCACUACGUUAUGGCCUUUCAUAGACUUCACCUGGAGGCACGGUAUAGUGAGAUGGACCAUAUGCGAGGAGCUCGCGCCGCACGUUGUUCGACUUCGAGAGCUUGCAGAGCAAUAUCAACUCUUUCCAUCGGACGUUGACGAUACUGGCGACUUCGCAUUUGCAAGGCUGCUCGUUGAUGCAGGAUGGUACCACCACGAACGAGGAUCUUCGACGGAUGCGGAGUCAUUCAACGAUAUGGCUCAUCAGAUCUGCUCGACGUGGCUUUUCCGCGAAGAAGAACGCCAUCACCCGGGCCGAGGAGAGUGGUGGACUCGGAAGCUGAACACUAUCCUCUCGGAAUUAACGCAUAAUCGUGGGUGCAUUGUUGUCGAAACCAAUAAGCCCGAAGUCGCCCUCAAGUACUUCCAAGAAUUCCACAGAGCAAUGGAGGAAGAGUUCAGGAAAUCACCGGACUUGGUCAAGCAGGAUAUGCGUCUCGCAAUUGCGUGGAACGAGCUAGGUAAUGCUCAUAUGCUGAAUCGAAGAUGGGACGAGGGCAAAAAAUGCUUCAAGAACUCAAUUAAGACGAUGGAGCUACUUGUCACCUUCGAGCCAACUAGCAUCUCCCUCCCUCUCGUUAACCUUGGACUUGCUUACUGGUUGCAAGGACGGCCGAAAGAAGCUCUCACGAAGUUGGAACAAGGCUUGAAAGAUCGUGAGAAUGCCUAUGGCAUGGACGAUCGUAUCUCCUUCUUCCGAGGUCGCUAUCUACAGGCUCUCGGCAACGUCGUUGGUACACUGGGAGAUCAAGAGAAGGCCCUCGACUAUCACCGGAAAGCUCUACUCCACUAUAAGACGACUCUGGGUAAUGGUCAUCAUCGCACCGCAGACAUGCUCGUAAAGAUUGCAGAGCACUCAAUCAGGAUGGGACAGCACGAGAACGCACUAGCGCUACUCGAUGUCGCACUGAAAGCGUAUCACAGUCGCUACAAGGGUGACCGAGGCACCGCAUACACCCCAGAAAAGGCUCGAGCCUUGUACUUCCGAAGCCGUGCCCUGUAUGCUAUGAGCAAAGAUGUCGAUGCCGACGAAGCGUUCGAGGAAGCAGUUGAGCUGCUUAGAGAAGCUGACAGCACCUUGGCCAAUUGCGAUCCUACCAGCUUGACUACGAAAGAUUUUGAUCGACUUGUGGCAUUCUGGUCGAAAUAG